GGAAGUAGGCAGAAGGUUACUUGUAAAAGGCUUAUAUAUUGGCAGCGUCGUUGCGCCUGCGCAGAUAGUGACUGUGUUGACCGUGACUCAAGUGUAGUGUAAUAUUCAGUCAUCAUGAAUUACCUCAUCAUCGUUGCAUCAAUCUUCUGCAUGGCUCAGGCAAGACCAGGCCUGAUAUACACUCAACCCUUAGCUGUCGCUGGGAUUGAAUACGCCCACCCGCCUGUACAAGCCAUCCCAUCCCACCCUGCCGUUGAACUGAAUUCCGCUAGUGAGGCUUUAUUACCACCGGAAUUGUUAAAAUCGAACGCGUUUUAUAAUAACCCUUCGAUCGCUGCAGGCCUAGCAAAAGAGUCGUGGUUCACGAAUAAAGAAAUGCAGGUUGUUGAGCGCGAAGCCGAAAAAAUACCGAGACAGCGUAUCUAUGAUAUCGUUAAAAGUGCUGGCUUCUUAGACAAACAUUAACAUUUAUAUAUGUGGUG